AUGUCCAGAGACCUGAUAUUAGGCCUUCAGUCAUCUGUGUUAUCUGACUUGUUUGACAGUCAGUCAUCUGAGUUAUCUGACUUGUUUGACAGUCAGUCAUCUGAGUUAUCUGACUUGUUUGACAGUCAGUCAUCUGUGUUAUCUAACUUGUUUGACAGUCAGUCAUCUGUGUUAUCUUACUUGUUUGACAGUCAGUCAUCUGUGUUAUCUAACUUGUUUGACAGUCAGUCAUCUGUGUUAUCUAACUUGUUUGACAGUCAGUCAUCUGAGUUAUCUGACUUGUUUGACAGUCAGUCAUCUGUGUUAUCUAACUUGUUUGACAGUCAGUCAUCUGAGUUAUCUGACUUGUUUGACAGUCAGUCAUCUGUGUUAUCUUACUUGUUUGACAGUCAGUCAUCUGAGUUAUCUGACUUGUUUGACAGUCAGUCAUCUGUGUUAUCUAACUUGUUUGACAGUCAGUCAUCUGAGUUAUCUUACUUGUUUGACAGUCAGUCAUCUGUGUUAUCUUACUUGUUUGACAGUCAGUCAUCUGAGUUAUCUGACUUGUUUGACAGUCAGUCAUCUGAGUUAUCUUACUUGUUUGACAGUCAGUCAUCUGUGUUAUCUAACUUGUUUGACAGUCAGUCAUCUGUGUUAUCUAACUUGUUUGACAGUCAGUCAUCUGAGUUAUCUGACUUGUUUGACAGUCAGUCAUCUGUGUUAUCUAACUUGUUUGACAGUCAGUCAUCUGAGUUAUCUGACUUGUUUGACAGUCAGUCAUCUGUGUUAUCUUACUUGUUUGACAGUCAGUCAUCUGAGUUAUCUGACUUGUUUGACAGUCAGUCAUCUGUGUUAUCUAACUUGUUUGACAGUCAGUCAUCUGAGUUAUCUUACUUGUUUGACAGUCAGUCAUCUGUGUUAUCUUACUUGUUUGACAGUCAGUCAUCUGUGUUAUCUUACUUGUUUGACAGUCAGUGA